AUGUCUCAUAGUGACAUGUUCAAAUUGCCUACCACUGGAAAGCCUUUAGCUCGAAGCUGGAAUACACACUUCAGUAGCGAGAGUGACCGCCCGCCUUGCGUUCUCAAACAAUCCGCCAGAUACAUCAACACACCCGGUCUCAUCUCCCUUGGGGGCGGUUUACCUUCCAGCGAAUACUUCCCCAUCUCUGAGAUCGCCAUGCGCAUACCCACGCCACCCAACCUCUCUGAGAAGCAGCAUAUACUGAGCUCACCGGCUAGCACCGCCCAGAUAGCUCGCAUUGGCAAAUACGACACUGGGAACGGUACCUCAGACUACGAUAUAUCUAUUGCGUUCAACUACGGUCAGGCAACAGGGUCCCCGCAGAUGAUGCGCUGGAUAACAGAACACGUUGAUCUUGUAUACAACCCCCCUUAUGCAGAUUGGGCCGUUUGCCUGACCGUCGGAAGUACUGGAGCUCUGGAGCAGACGGUUCGUAUGCUCUGCGACCGGUCCAGGAAUGAUUCUAUCCUCACAGAGCAGUACACCUUCGCAACGGCGAUGGAGACCUUUGUUCCACAGGGUAUAAAAACCUUUGGAGUCAAUAUGGACGAGGAAGGGCUACUCCCUAGUCACAUGGAUCAUGUUCUGGCGACUUGGGAUGAAGAGGCGCGAGGCGCUCGAAAGCCGCAUCUUCUUUACACUGUACCAUCAGGGCAGAAUCCCACUGGUGCAACACAGAGCCUCGAGCGACGACGGGAGAUCUACAGUAUCUGCCAGAAGCACAACAUUUUCAUCAUUGAAGAUGAGCCCUACUAUUUCAUCCAAAUGAAGCCCUACACCGGACGGGCGACUGAAGUCGGAGAGAGCGAGACUGUUGAUGACUUCCUGACUAGUCUUGUCCCCUCGUACCUCAGUAUGGAUACCGAUGGCAGGGUUCUUCGAAUGGACUCGUUCUCCAAGGUCUUAGUCCCCGGUUCGAGAAUGGGAUGGAUAACGGCUAGCAAUGAGGUCAUUCAGAAAUACCUCUGUCACGCUGAAGUGGCAAAUCAAGGACCCAGCGGUAUAUCGCAGCUUAUCGUCUGGAAACUGGUUGAUGAGACGUGGGGCCAUGAGGGUUAUAUCAAAUGGCUCAUCAAUCUGAGGACGAACUACACCAGAAGACGCAAUGCCUUACUCGCAGCUUGUGAAGACUAUCUUCCUACUGGUAUAGCAUCGUGGGCCCCUCCAGCUGCAGGCAUGUUUCUAUGGUUGAGACUCGAUCAUACUAAACAUCCAGACUAUCGGCAUCGAAACCUCAGCGAGAUCGAGGAGGAAAUCUUCCAGCACAGCAUUGAGCAGGGAGUUCUUUUUGCUCGUGGCUCUUGGUUCAGAGCCGAGGCUCAUAAGGAACUGGAUGAGUUGUUUCUACGCGUCACGUUUGCGAGCGCGGCUGAGGAGGAAAUGUUGCAAAGGAAGGAUCGCAAUCCCUGCAAGGCAGAAUCGACGUUUCCGUUUUGCCCUAUCCUGAUGACGACCUUUAGCCAAGAUCGACAGGUUGCCUCUUCCAAGUCCCGUGUGCUUAUAGCCCACUCACUGCGACAAACAUUCCAGUAUCAACAAUUCUUGUCACUUCAUUUCUCAAUGGCAAACCAAGAAGAUUCUGCUCCCCCGUACCGCGGCGCCCCUUUCCCGACGAAAUGGCGCCGCAACCACCCGCGGUCAAAGAAUGGAUGUCUUACCUGUCGCACUAAACGCAAGAAGUGCGAUGAAGUCAAGCCAGUCUGCUCAUCGUGUACCCGAACCGGACAAGAAUGUGUUUGGCCCGCUCAAGAGAACACUUCUCAAAGACCUAUGCAGGAAGACGGCAGUCCUAAUGAGCCACUCGGAGUUUCCGGCCCUUCCCCAGACUCAGCAGCCCUGCAGUCCAAGUCCCGUUCAUCUUCUCCUCGGGCCGCUCCGACCUACGGCAAUCUAGCUUAUCUAAACGACAACUCGCGUCCGCUUUAUCAGCAGUACCUGGAUGUUACAGCGGAGAUGCUGACUCGAGGGCCAUGCGCGGACGGAAACCCUUUUAUUCAUUAUCUUCUCCCGUUGGCUGCAACUGAUAAUCUGGUUCUUGAUUGUAUCCUUGCUAUUGGAGGAGCCCAUUUGACUGUCAAUGAUACGACGUCUACUAUCCAGAGAGCUCGAGCUUUGGAGGUGGCGACUCGUGGUCAUUAUGCAACUGUACUUGCUGGACUACAGAAACUCUUGUCUUACGAAACGGGUCAGAUCGUCCUCCCAGAUGAACAUACGGGGCCACCUACACCAAUCCGUAUCCUGCUGAUCCUAUUACUCCUCUGCGUCUACGAUCAUGUUCAAGGUCAUUCCCGCGGCUCCAUGUAUCAUCAUCUCAAAGCUUGUCGACAGUACAUGAAUCUCCUCACAUCCGAGCCCACGCCGUCCAAUGAAUUGAAACACUUGAAAGGAUUCAUGCUAGAGCUCUAUGCUUACCAUGCAAUCAAAAUUACCAUUACGCCCCGCAGCUUUCUAUCUGACGAGGUCGUGGAAAUUGAUCCCUCAGUCUAUUCAUUGGAUAUACUGAGAGGAUACAAAUCCAGAGGGUUUCUACUCGGCUUUGGGCAGGGUCUGUGGGAGAUGGUUCCGGAGAUCUCUCAGCUUGUCGAAGCUCGCCGGGGAGAAGAGACGAGAGGCAUUAUAGCCACUACCGCGUUUCAGGAACAGUAUGGUUCACUUCUGACCCGCCUAGAAGGCUACAACCCAUUCGGAGAAGACAUGAAUGGUCUUUGUUCGCGCGAAGAACAAGCUACAGCUACAAUGAUAUAUCAGCACGGCCUUAUCGUCUAUCUGCAGUCAGCAUUUCACCCAGACUUGCUUGCGGAUCCAAAUCUUGCCGCCCAGAUCGAUAAUCGAAUCGAGCAGACCAUGUCAGCCUUUUAUUCAUUAUUUGUUAGCGAGUCACCAUAUCGCCGAAUGCUCCUCUGGCCGGGCACUAUUAUGGCCUCAGUCGCGAGACGUCCGGAGCAUAUCCACGUGUUCCGUGCUGGAUUCUUUGCUAGAGCUUCGCGCACACCUGGUGCAGUAAAGAUGGGGGCAAAGAUAGUUGAACUGCUUUGGAGUGACCCUGACCCUCGAGCCUUCGGUCCACGGGGUGUGUCUUAUAUAAUGACCAAGCAUGAUAUUAGCUUGAGUUUGUGUUGA